UAAAGUCUCUUCAAAAAUAUGUUCAAAAAAAAAAAAGUAAAUAAAUAAAUGGUGACUAAUGACUUACUCAUUGAUUGGGGUUGAGUUGAUGAAAGAAUACCCAAAUAAAUAAAUCAAAGGCACAGAAGAAGAAUUGAAGUGAAGUGAAACAUGAGUGUAGCUCCUCAAUCUGCUGGGCUUGGGAAUGGGAACCUUCACAAUGUGUUCGUCUAUGGCAGUCUCAUGGCCGACGACGUCGUUCGUCUUCUCCUUAACCGUGUCCCCCUUUCAUCCAUCGCUCUUCUCAACGGCUUUCAUCGGUAUAGUAUCAAAGGACGUGUUUAUCCGGCUAUACUACCAGUGGAGAACAAGAAAGUCUCUGGAAUGGUUUUGAAGGGUAUCACAGAACCUGAGCUAUAUAUCUUAGAUGCAUUUGAGGAUGAUGAGUAUGAAAGACAAACUGUUGAGGUUUCAUUAGAGGAUAGUUCUGAAAAGUUGCAAGUUUACACUUACGUUUGGAGCAACAUAGACGAUCCCAACUUAUAUGGAGAAUGGAAUUUUGAGGAGUGGAAACAACUACACAUGAAGGAAUUUGUUGGGAUGACCAAGGGUUUUGUGGAAGAGCUGGACCUGCCUGAGUCGAAGACAAGAGUUUCUACAUAUGAAUCUUUCUAUAAGCAGCAGGAAGGUGACGACAACCAUCCUGCCUACUCCUAAAUCUAUUUAUCUUUUCUAUUUCAGAUGUAAACCUACUAUUACUAUAUAUGAAUUGAUCCCCUGCCAAACAACAUUUAAGCUUCUAAGAAAUAAAUGAUCCUUCAUCAAUUUGUAAUUUAAAA